AUGUUUCGAGCCACGAGUCUCACACCGCCGGCCGCAUCCCGGCUUGGCGCAGUUUUCUUGGGCUGCGUGAGACGCAGCACCGCCGUUGCGCCCCUUCUCCCGGCGGCAGCACCGCACUCCGCCAGCCGCAUCAGCCUGCAGGCCCCGUCGACGUGGGCCCCUGCCCUUCACCCCCGGCAGCACACGCGACCGUCGUCGUCCAACUCGCGCUGGAAGGCGCGGCAGGGGCGGGAUUUCUUCGCGCGUGAGGCCAAGGUGCAGGGGCUCAAGAGCCGGGCGGCGUUCAAGCUGAUCGAGAUCGACUCGCGGUACCGGCUGUUCAAAAAGGGCCAGCUCGUCGUCGAUCUCGGCUACGCUCCCGGGUCGUGGUCGCAGGUCGCCAUGGAGCGCACGAAACCCGGCGGCCGCGUGCUGGGCAUCGACGUCAUACCCGCGCAGCCGCCGCCCGGCGUCGCCACCAUCCAGGGCAACUUCCUGUCGCCUGUGGUGCAGGGCAUGGUCAAGCGCUUUGUCGUGGAUGUGCACCGGCUGCAGGUUAGGGAUAGGGAGCGAGCGGGUGGUGCUGCUGCUGGUGCUGGUGCUGAAGACGACGACGGCGGUGCGGUUGAUCGUGUCGAGGAGAAGCAGAGUUAUAUCGACAUGGAGAGGCACUCUGCGGCUGAGGAGGAGGUGGCGCGUGCUGCCAUGCCGGUUGGAGAUGGAGAGGGCAGUCAGGACGCUGCUUCCUCGCGGUCGGAAGAUGCUUCCAAGGGGACGCAGGAUAAGAAGCUGGUGGAUGUAGUGAUAAGCGACAUGUCAGAACCAUGGCCCCAAACCACCGGCUUCUCGAAUAACACUCUAAGCAACCCCCACAGGAUGAUGAACACGAGCGGCAUGGCCUUUCGAGACCACGCAGGCAGCAUGGAACUUUGUCACGCAGCCCUACGCUUCGCCAGCGAAACCCUCCGUCCUGGCGGCCACUUUGUCUGCAAGUUCUACCAGGGAUCUGCGGACAAGGAGCUCGAGACGCAGCUCAGGAAACUGUUUACCAAGGUCCAUCGAGAAAAGCCAGAUUCUUCGCGGAGUGAAUCUAAAGAGGCUUUCUUUGUCGCUCUGAGGAGAAAAGCUGGCGUGAAUCUUGAUGAGGUCCAAGCCGUGAAGAGCAAAGACGAGGAUGUUCAAUAA